GGCCCAAACCAAUUUCGCCUUCCCGACGGUACGGUUCGACAGCGGUGUCCGGUGUCCAACUAGUGCCAGAGUGUGUGUGUGUGUGUGUGUGUGCACCGAAAAAAAGAAGAAAAAUCGAAGUGGCAGCAAAAGCAAAAGAAAAGACAAGCUGAGCAAAGUGGUAUAGGGAUAUUAGUUAAAAUUAAACUUUGAAACAGAAACAAAACAGUUGGAUGAAACAAAACAGUAAAAACAAGCACAAGAGAACUUUCUGAAAUCAUCUCAACUUUUAAAAAAUAAAAAAAUAAAAGAAAAGGAGGAAAAAUGUGCAAAUAGGUGCAAAAGUGCUGAUAACACCUCAAAGCAGAAAGGGGUGGGCUGAAUACACAAGCAAACGAAAAGACAAGACAAAAAAACUCUCCCGAUAGACAAACAAGUGCAUUUUUCUGUUUGUGUGUGUGUGUGUGUGUGCAGACUGUGUGACUCUUAGUGCCCGCGCGUGUGUUUGUGUGUGUGUGUGUGUGUGGUACCGUUCGUGCGUGCGUGCGUGAGAAACUAGUUUUUCACAUUUUAUUUUCCUCGCGCGCUCGACAAGCCACCCUCUCUUUCCGUUUGUCCCACCAGCAGCCUCCUUUUUCCCUUUCUAUCGACACACAUAAGCUGUCAUCUGGCAGGAUUAUCUGUCUCUCUCGCUGGAAAAAAACAGUUAAAACGUAAGAUAGAGGGGGGAGGAGGGGCAGUGGCAGCAGUGUGCAACUCACACGUGUGUGGGUGUAUAUGUGCGGAAAAUCAACGCACUAUCAGGAAGACGAGCUUCCAGCCCGGUAGGACAAGGGGGCUGCCCCACACCACACCACACACAAACAUCCCGACCAUUCCAUGCGUCAUGAUGGAGAAAGCGAAACGGCAUAACACGUUGCUCGCUGCACGAGCUCACUAAACAGCCGUAGGGCGCAGCUAGGAAAGUGAACCAAAGAAAAAGAGGAAAAGAGACGCUUGACAAUAGCGCACAUGUAUGUGCAUGUGUGUGUGCGCCCGCGCACAGGUGAAAACGAGUAGAAACGAAAGCCUGACAGCCUGCGCCUCUCGCACGCAACCGACAGCGCGGAGCGAAUUCGCGUUGCGCGCGCACACACGAUUGCAUCGUUAGAAGCGCGUUCGAGAAAGAGAGAGAGAGAGAGAGAGAGAGAGAGAAAGAGAGAGAAAGAGAGAGAGAGAGCGCCCGCGCAUUGAGCACUUUUUGGAGACAAAAUUGAGCAAACGGUGAGAUGGCGCAAGCAGCAGCAGCAGUAGUAGAAGCAGCAGCAGCAGAAGCAGAAGCAGAAGCGGUAGCAUCACACUCGACCAGUAUUAGUGCACACGCGGGUCCGUGAAAACGGCAGACGGACACGGCACCGGGUUUUGAACGUUUUUGUUCCAUCCCACGGCUCACCAUACUCGCUCCCUACCAGGCCACCGACAAACCUAUUUGCACCAUAGACCCAUUCUGGCCUGCUCGAUAUACGGCGAUGUGCGGACGCGUUUCUGCCUGCGUGUUUUUAUUUGUUUCCGCGCCGAUGAUGUGUGUGGUGCAGUGCUGAUGUGAGGGCAUCUGCAGGAGGAAGCAGCACUCGCCUGCCAGUCGCAAAAUCACGAACACGAGACCACGCCGAACCAAUGUGUAUGUGCGCUCCGGACAUGUAAACACACCAACAAAUAAACACAGACACAAACACAUCCCCCACACGUACAGAGUGCCUAAUCAGUGCUUCCGGUGCGUGCGUGUGUGCGUGCGUGAACGGUGUGUGCCCUGUGUCGCCCCAAUCACAGAGGGAAAGGAGAAAGAAAGAGAGAGCGCUCGCGCGCGCGAAAGAAAGAGAGUGAGAGAGAGAAAGAGAAAGAGAAAAAGCAGCGAACAAAACAGAGCGAUAACAACGCCCCAAAAGGUGCGCGGUCCGUCAGUAAUUGGGUCGCGAUCGGUGUAGUCAGACGAGAAGUGUGGCAGCGGACAAAGAGCGAAAAAGAAGAAGAAAAAAUAUCAAUCAGCAAACACAGGCACGACAGUAGCCCUCCCACACAAUCAUCCCCUUCUCUUCCUUCCCCCUUUCCCUACUCACACACACACACACGCACAUCAUAUCGCCAUCAUCCCCAAUCUGUUAAUCUUGUCCCCACUCUCCCAGUCUACUUACUAAACGGUAUAACAAAACAAAGCAAUAUACGCGCGCACACACACACACACACAUACAACACAUAUAGACACACACACACAUACAUAGAUACAGACGAAACAAUGUGCUUUGCUGCGAGGCCAACGGUUGUUUUUUGCACGCUGAAGAACAAAAAGAAGAACAACAGCUGGUUUCGCCCUUUUUCGAUGCGCUGAUCGUGUCCGUGGGUGGUGGCAGCCGAGUUCGAUUAGAAGCAGCACCUCACCUCACCCUUACACACACACACACACACAAACACACAUAGCACUCACAGCACACUCAUACACACCAAGCGCACCAACACCAUACCGUUGCACCAUCCAUUCGCCCCACCUUUAGAGGAAAAAAAAGAACCGUCCUACCACUGUAUUCCCCUUUCUUUGUCCGGCUCCCCUGUUCCCAAAUACGCACACAUACAUUCCCCCCGGAUCUCCCUACCCCUCCCUGGUCCAGUUGGGCUUCAUCGAUUUGGAAGUUUUGAGGCAAAAAUUGGAAUUUGCAAAAGCCAACGCGCGCGGUACGCGGAGAAACCCAAAAACGAGUGUCGUGUGUACGGCGGCGCGCGCGCGCGUGUGCGUGUGUGUGGGUGUGGGAUCAAGGCAAAAAAAAGACAACACAGCAUCCACACCGCACCUCACCCUUUCGCCGCAGAGGUUAGACGACAGCAGCGCAAGUCAACCGAAAACAAAAACAAACACCAAGCGCCCUGUUCGAAAAGCAUCAUUGCUUGACCGACCACCCUUCUCCAUAUCCACCAUCCCCCGCGGUCCCCUUAUCGGCCCACACGUACAACCCUUCUGUCCACCCACACACGCACGCACGCGGGUGUGUGUGUGUGUGUGUGUGUGUGCGCGCGCGUGUGGUGGCUGCGUGCGUGCGUGCGGAGUGGAGACAGCGGUGGCAGCGUCGGCGGCAGCGGCUGUGGUUGCUGUUAAGUGCGCGGCAAGAUGAAGAAGUUCACCUUCAAGGGCGUGCUGGACGGGUUUCGGUCGUCGGUCAAUCAGCAGUCGGCGGCGGGCGGCGGAGCGGCCAAAAUCUGCGUCGAGCAGGAGAUACAGGAAACGCUCCGAUCGGAACAUUUUCAGCUCAAAAAGACUUUCCGCCAUGGAUUCCCCUACUCGCCCACGGCGCUGGCAUUCGAUCCAGUCCAGCGAAUUCUGGCCGUCGGCGACAAGUUUGGCUCGAUGCGACUGCUGGGCAAGUUCGGCGUCGAUGCGCACGUGAAGCACGAGGGCGAGUCGGCCUGUGCCGUCAAUCUGAUCGAGUUCCUGGUAAACGAGGGCUGCCUGGUGACGGCUACGGCCGACGACACGCUUCAUCUAUGGAAUUUCCACACCAAAAUCCCGAAGGUGGUGCAGAGCCUGAAGUUUCAGCGGGAAAGAAUAUCCCGUCUGCAUCUGCCCAUCGGUACCAAGUGGCUGUACAUUGGCACGGAAAAGGGUAACACGCACAUCGUUCACGUCGAUUCGUUUACCCUCAGCGGCUACGUUAUCAAUUGGAACAAAGCUAUCGAUCCCAUUCGCAAGACGCACCCUGGCGCCGUGGUUCACCUGUCCGAUAAUCCGCUGGAUGCAAACAAGUUGCUAAUAGGAUUCGAGUCCGGUCAAUUAGUGCUGUGGGAUAUGAGAGGCAAAUGUGCGGAAUUUCGCUGGCUGUCGCAGGAGCCGCUCAGCUCCUGCUCCUGGCAUCACGAAGGGAAACACUUCAUAACAUCACACACCGACGGUUCUUUAUGUACGUGGCCUUUGAAACUUUCACCAAAACCCUUAACUCAUAGUUUUCCUCACGCUAAAACGAACAAAGAAGGAAAAACGGAAAGCUGUAACUCUAUUCAAAAAGUUGAAGUGAAAACGAAUAGAAUAGGCGAUCAAUUUACCAUCUUCUCGGGCGGUCUGCCAACGGAAAAGUGCAGUCCGAAGUCGCACUGUAUUACCGUGAUGGUGCAGGGCAAAUCGACGACCGUCCUGGAGAUGGAGCACAGCGUGGUCGACUUCGUGACCAUGUGCGAGAGUCCGUGGGGCAGCGACCUGCAAGAACCGUACGCGGUCGCGGUGCUGCUACAGAACGAUCUCGUACUGAUCGACCUGCUGACGCCCGGCUAUCCCACGUUCGAGUCGCCUUAUUCGAUGGACCUGCACGAGUCGCAGAUCACCUGCUGUACCUACCUGGCCGACUGUCCGUCCGACCUGGUGCCCGCGUUCUACUCGGUCGGGCGGAGCGCGGCGACCAACCGGCGUUCCGGCUACUCCGAGCGCGAGUGGCCGAUCAACGGAGGCGAAUGGCAGCCGACCAGCUGCAGCUACUCGGAGAUCAUCCUCACCGGCCACCAGGACGGUUCGAUCAAGUUCUGGGACUCAAGUGCCGGCACGCUCCAGGUGCUGUACAAGCUGAAGACGUCGAAGAUCUUCGAGAAACCCCGAGUGAGAUCGAUGGACAGUGGCGAGGAGGACCCGUUGGCCAUCUCGAUGAUGUCUUUGUGCGCGGAAUCGAGAAAGCUUUGUGUUGCCUGCAACUGUGGUUAUGUGGUGCUGUUCAAGUUCCGGAGAGCCGAAAGCACCGGGGACAUUGUGGUUUUGGACAUCCCGUUCACCAUGGAAACUUUUACCGAAUUUGAAGGCAGUCCCGAAUGUGAGUUCAUACCAAAAUCACUGCCAAAAACCGUUGACUCUACGGAGAGCGAUAAGAAGAACUGCAGUUUGUUGAAGGUAAAAACUGGACCACAGCGAAAACCGCCCGGGUUUCAGGCUCAGCUGGUAUGCGUUCCGUCGUGGGCGUGCGGCAGUGUACAGAUCACUGCGCUCACCAUCAACUCCAACUACGGACUCAUGGCGUACGGUAACGAGUACGGCUUGACGAUAGUGGACAUCGUAAAGAAGACGUGCGUGCUGAACUUGUGCACACAGGAGAUGUACGGCGCGCAGGAUCCGUACUCGCGGACGCCCCGGAGUCCGAAGCGUUUGGAAAACAGUCAAUCGAAGGACGAUUCAUUGCGUUCCCCUAGUAUAGAUCAGCCUAGCCACGUUGUGCCGGAGGCGCAGGCGACGGUGCUCGUCGGGCCGGUGGAUGAGGCGACCGAUAGCCCUGCGGUCACACUCGCUCCCGUCGUUACCUUCGCGACCUGCGGCGGCCCUAGUGGUACCGCCAGUAUUGUGGCGCCCGAGCGGAAGGAGGAAGGCCCCGAGCAGGAAAGCAAGCCAAACAACGUACUACUCGCGCCGGCCGGGAACCAACCGGCGCAGGAGGAACCGCCGCCGGCGUUGGGGUUGGUCGUUGGGGGGUUGGCAAUGCCGCCAGAGGGUUCGGGGCAACCGCCACCAUCACUACCACUACCACCACUACCACCUGGAACGGUGGAAGAGGAAGAGCCUGCGGCGGUGGCGGCAUCGUCAGGAAUAGCAGCAGCGGCAACACCAGCGCAACGGCGUGCCAAGAAAUCUUUCAUUGAAUCCCUACCGCUGCCCAAAUGGUUGCGGAGCCUAAAUAAAUUGGAUAACUCAUUCUCGAGAUCUCGUUCAUCUUCUAUGUCAAGCUUAGAAAAUAAUGCAAUGGAGGCUGUGACUUGUUUGGCUUUUGCCGAUAGUUAUGUAAAAAAAAGCGAUCCCUCAAUGGCGUUGCCUACUGCAUGGUUGGGAACCAGUUUAGGAUCGAUCCUAACCAUCUCUCUAUCCAUUCCGGAGAACGAUUUGAGGAAAGCGAACGUGGUCCAGACGGCACCUACCGGAGCCAUGUUCCGGCUAAAGGGGUCCAUCCUUUCGAUGUCACUGCUCGACUGCAACGGGGCACUCAUACCGUAUUCGUUCGAAAGCUGGCGCGAAGAUUCGAAGGACAGCAAAGAGAAGCGAGAAAGGACGCCAACCAAGACAUCAUCCACAAAGAUGAGCCCAACUAAUCCAGACGGUUUGUGCGAUCGGCAGUUUAUUGCGAUUGCGAGCGAGAAGCAGGCGGGCGUGUUUGCGCUACCGAGCCAGAACUGCGUCUACCGGAAGAAGCUGGUCGAUUUCGAUUUUAUCGUAAAGGCAGAAAUCAUUAGCAUGAAGGAUAGUGUAUGUCUGAUAUGCUACGCUUCGAACGGGCAUCUGAUGGUGUUUACUCUGCCCAGCCUGAAACCAUUGCUCGAAGUUGAUUUUCUUCCAUUGGCUGAUCUAAGUUUCCAAACCAAGUGUAAACAGGGCGUGGUGGAUCCAAUGCUAUCCAUUUGGGGGCAACAACUUAUAGUCAAUGAAGAUUCGAAUGUGAUUUCACGGACGUUUAGCUUUAGUAACAAGGGCCACGGAUUGUAUCUAGCCACACCCACCGAAAUCCAAAAAUUUACCGUUUGCCAAGAAUUCAGCCACCAAUACAACAAUAUGCUUGGCGAUCUCUACGUACCUCAUGAAAUGCCGGAAGCACCGAAGGAGAGCUUCUUCAAAGGACUGUUCGGCGGAGGCAUGCGCAACCUCGACCGAGAGGAGCUCUUUGGCGAAUCGAGCGGCAAGGCGAACCGGUCGGUGGCGAAACACAUUCCCGGCCCGAACGCCGACAUCCAGGCGCUGAACGCGCGGACGACAUCGGUAACGUCCGAGAUCGGCAAGGCGCACCAGCUCAUGCUCGAGCGCGGUGACAAGCUGAGCCAGCUGGAGGAGCGCACCGAGCGGAUGGCGAACGAGGCGCAGCAGUUCUCCAGCUCCGCCCAUCUGCUGAUGAACAAGUAUAAGGACAAGAAGUGGUACCAGCUGUAAGCUCAACAUCCUCUCGCAACCGUCCCCGCACACCUAUCGUCAGUCUGACCGCGAUGCGAGGACGCAUGCUUGCGACACGCAACGCGUGGUGUUACGCGUUGCGCUCACAACCAUGCGCCACAAACUCGAUAUAUUUGGUGGCUUACAGGGUUACGGCGGGGAGGAAGGAGAACGGCGUUGACAUGGAAGGAAGGCAUCCCAAACUCAACCCCCCUCCCGUCGAACAAUUAAACCGGGCGCGUUCGACGCCAGUGGGGGUGGGUGGUAGGGGUUUGUCGGGAGCAGAUUUUGUUUGAAUAGGAAGCGAAAAAAUCAACGCUCCCCAACCCCUCCUCUCCCUGUUCCAUCCCUCUUUCCUUCAACUAAUACAACCUUUUCUCACCAAGCAAGCACACAUGUUACACAAUGCAACAAUUGAAAUGGAUGGUGGGUUAGGAGAGAAAGGAAGAAA